AUGGAAGCGUCACCUCUGACCUCCUUCAACACAAAGGUCAAAGCCAUGGAGUGGAUCGCUGGAGGCAGCUGGACUCCCUCUGCCCUGAAGUACACAUACGACCAGCUGAUAGUACCAGGUCGCAGGGGGAGGACCAAGGUGGUGGCCAUAGUUAUCACAGACGGUCGCUACGAUCCUAAAGACCUGGAUAAUCUUGGAGCCCUUUGUAACGAGGUGGACGUGUAUGCCAUCGCCAUCGGGGAUAUGUUUGACUCUGGGGCAGAGAGGCAGAAUCUGGAGAGGAUGGCCUGUAAUAUGGGCGACCGGGUGAAGACCCUGAGUGUCUACGCUGAACUUACGGCUGAGGAGUUCUUAGAGGAAAUAGAACCAAUCCUCUGCCCAGGCAAGUCUAUGGUCCAGUCCCAAAUGACACCCUAUUCCCUAUAUAGUGCACUACUUUUGUCCAGAGCCCUAUAUAGGGGAUAGGGUGCCAUUUGGGAUGCAGACUACAUUUUAUCAACAGUUCAAUGCUUUUAUUUUGUGAAAAUCACCCACCCUGACAAAAAUGAACUACAUUCACUCCUCUACUUCUCUAGAACCAGAGAAUAUCUGUCCAGACCUGAAGUGUGCCUCAGGUGAAAAGACAACUUCUUUUUUUAUUUUAUUACAUAUAAUUACAGGGCUAAGCUUUUAUUUGUUCUUUCAUAUUGCACUAAUGAAAACCCCUGGCCUUGAAUAUUUGUUCAGUUGGAAAUUAACUAUUAAUGUCUUUCCAAUAUAUUCUGGAUAUGAACAUUACAGCCAACUACAGAUGUAUUUAAUAUGCCAUUUAGCAGACGCUUUUAUCCAAAGCGACUUACAGUCAUGCGUGCAUAAAUUGUUGUGUAUGGGUGGUCCCGGGGAUCGAACCCACUACCUUGGCGUUACAAGCGCCGUGCUCUACCAGCUGAGCUACAGAGGACCACAUUAUUAAGAGUUUUAAGAGUAUUAAGUAUUAAGAGUUUAUGAAUCAACAGUCUGUAUAACAUUGACUUUUGUAUUAUUGUCGAAGAUUUGAGUUUGGCUCCAGUGAUCCAGCGUCCCGUAGACAUCCUCUUCUUCAUUGACGGUUCUGAGAGAACAGGGGGCAGAAACUUCAUCAGUGUCCUGCGCUUCAUCGAGAGACUCUCCCAAUCCAUCCCUCUCUCCAAGGAGGUCUCUUCAGGAGCUCGCUUCGCCGUACUGCAGUUUGGAGGGGAGCAGGACCCUGAGGUUCUUCUGGACUUCUCUAACAACCACAGAAGGAUCAGCUCCCUGGUCUCUAAAGCAGUCUACCACGACUCAACCUCCACUCUGGGCAGCGCUAUUCUCUAUGCAACUGAGAACCUCGUCAGUAACCCUGGAGGUCAGUUCAGAGGGGUACGUCCGGACGCAGAGCUCGCCUUUGUGUUCAUUACAGACGGAGUGACCUCAGACAAGAACUUUGCUGCCAUGAGAAGGGCCAACGCAGUGGGUGUUGCGAUCACAGUGGGAUCAGAUAUUGACAGGGAGCGGUUGCCGCGACUCACUCUAAGGGACAAAGCGCUCAUCUUUAACCUGAAGAGUUUCAAUGACUUGGCCCUCCCUGGGGUUGUUAAACCAGGUUUGAAAUAUAUUCAGGGCCCCAUUUGA